AUGUUUUUUGUAAUAAUUAAGAAUACCUUUUAUUUCUAUAUUUUGAUACACUCUAUAUUUUCUUUGUUGAGUUUAUUGAUAUGUUUGGACAAUGAUAUAGAUCACUUUGAAAUUUAAUGCCCAAGAGUAAAUAUAUAUUUUAUUUUAGUUGAGCAAUUCAAUAAAAGAAGUCAUCGCAGGGAUAUUCAAACCAUUUUUACCUGAAGUUAUUGAAUUUUUAGUUGGCAAAAUAUUGAUGCAAGAUUUACGGAUAGUGAAUGCUCUUAUAUUUUCAGGAAUUUUGGAAGUGGUCUUAGCAAUAUUAGGAGCAUUGUAAUAUCGCAUUUAAUUUUAAGUUACUAUAUUAUGGUUGAAACACCAAAGCCUAUCUAAAAGAGCAUGAGAUUAAUAGCAAAGUUGUUUUUCUUUAUUGGAAUAAUAUUAUGGGUAGCCAUCUAUUGUAGUGGAAUUGGAUUAAGGAAAUUACUUGAGAUAGUGCACAUAGUUUAUUAAAAUCCAUAGAACGUAGAGAAUUAUACAAAUGAUUUAUCAGACUUUAUACAAAAGAGACAGGAAGAAAUUCUGGAGUAUUAUUUCUGA